AAAAAUAAAAUCUCAUUUUUCAAUAUAAUAAUAAGUAUUUUCCCUCUUCACAUAAAAAGGUUCACUUGUUUCUCUCAGCAAAUACGCCAUUGCACGCUGAUGAUCUGCAUUUUCAAUGGAUCCUCCUCCCUCUGAUUCAACUCUCCCUUUCCACUUUGACAAUGACCAGCGAGUCUACUUGGUUCCUUAUAGGUGGUGGAAAGCUGCGCAAGAAUCAACAUCUGAUUCGGAUGUGAAGAUAGGAAUUUUGUACACAGCAACGCCAGGGCCGUCCUAUGCGGGUCCAAUGAAGAUCAUUAACAACAUUUUUAAUUCCGACCUUCUUUUCAAUCUGAGGAGAGAAGAGGAAUCUUCGCAAAAUGGCGACAGUGGUGAAGUGGGUAUCUCCGGACGGGACUAUGCGUUGGUCCCUGGGGAAAUGUGGUUGCAGGCGCUUAAAUGGCAUAGUGAUGCUAAAGUUGCAAUGAAGAAUGGGAAAAGCUGUUUGGCUGCAGAAGAUGAUAUGGCAGAUGUCUAUCCUUUGCAACUUAGACUUUCUGUACUGCGGGAAACAAACUCAUUAGGAGUAAAAAUUACCAAAAAGGACAAUGCAGUUGAGUUCUUCAGAAGAGCAUGUAAGAUCUUCAGUAUUGAAUCUGAGCUGCUACGCAUCUGGGAUUUUUCUGGGCAGACAAUCUUGUUUUUCAUGAAUGACAAAAAUAAGCUCCUGAAAGAUGGCCAGCGGCAGUCAGAUCAGGAAAUUCUCUUGGAGUUGCAAAUUUAUGGGUUGUCAGAUUCCAUGAAACGUAGAGAAGGGAAAAAAGAUGAAAUUGCAGGACAACGGUCCAAUGGGACAAGUUCCUCUUUCUGUCAUUCACUUAUGAUGAAUGGUACUGCAGGCAAUGUAAAUGGCAAUUUGGGACGUAAUACUUCUAUAACUUUCUCUGCAAAAUCUGGCGAAGCUGGUUCUUUGGGAUUAACAGGAUUGCAAAACCUUGGAAAUACUUGCUUUAUGAACAGCGCCCUUCAGUGCUUAACACACACUCCAAAACUUGUUGAUUACUUUCUUGGAGAUUAUUGUAAAGAAAUCAAUCAUGACAAUCCAUUAGGCAUGGAUGGUGAAAUUGCUCUAGCCUUUGGGGAAUUGUUAAGAAAAUUAUGGGCUCCUGGAGCGUCUCCUGUGGCACCAAGAACAUUUAAGUCAAAGCUUGCUCAUUUUGCACCUCAGUUUAGUGGAUAUAACCAACACGAUUCUCAAGAACUCCUUGCAUUUUUGCUGGAUGGACUUCAUGAAGAUCUCAAUCGUGUAAAAUGUAAGCCCUAUGUAGAAGUCAAGGAUGGAGAUGAUCGAUUAGACGAAGAAGUUGCUGACGAAUAUUGGCAAAAUCAUCUGGCUCGCAAUGACUCAAUCAUUGUUGAUGUGUGCCAAGGACAAUAUAAAUCAACACUGGUUUGUCCUGUUUGCAAGAAGGUUUCUACCACCUUUGAUCCAUUCAUGUACUUGUCACUACCUCUACCAUCAACAACAAUGCGGGCAAUGACUUUAACAGUUGUGAGUACUGAUGGAAAUGCUAAGCCAUCUCCAUAUACCAUUACUGUCCCCGAGAAUGGAAAGUUUGAAGAUCUUAUUCGGGCUCUAAGUGUUUCAUGUUCCUUAGGGGUUGAUGAGACAUUACUAGUUGCUGAGGUUUGGUGGCUAAAGAUAUAUAGUUUUAUACAGAUUUACAACAACCGCAUUAUACGUUAUCUAGAGGAGCCUGCUGACUCUUUAUCCUUAAUCAGAGAUGAUGACCGACUGGUUGCUUAUAGGUUGAGGAAAGAUACUGACAAAGAUCCUUUGGUUGUUUUUAUGCACCAGCUGAUUGAGGAGCAGUGCAUCCCUGAGAAACUGACUUCAGGCUCAAAGGCUUUGGGAAUACCUCUUGUAGCUAAAAUUUACAAUACGGUUAAUGGAUUUGACAUCCACAAUCUGUAUCUGAAGUUGCUUAAUUCAUUCCUAAUACCUGCUGGAGAUUGUAAUGAUAAUGAUACCUCUGGGAACGCUGCAGCUGAAGAAGUUAGACAGAUGGACGACACAAGUAGGGAUACAAUAGCUUCUCUUACGGAUGGGGAAGCAGCCACCCCAUCAGACAUGAAAGAGGUUGAUUCAUCCUCGGAUGCUGAACUACAGUUUUACUUGUCAGAUGAGAAGGGAAUGAUCAAGCACUUCAAGAUAGCAAUGAAUGAGCCAGUGGAAGUGACAGGAGAAUCUAGGCGGAUGUAUGUGCUUGUAUGUUGGCCUAAAAAAGUUAUUAAGAGAUAUGAUACAAGACUUCUUAGUACUUUACCAGAAAUUUUCAAGUCUGGUUUUCUUGCAAAGAGACCUCAAGAAUCUGUUUCUCUGUACAAGUGUCUUGAAGCAUUCUUGACAGAGGAGCCUCUUGGACCAGAAGACAUGUGGUAUUGUCCUGGCUGCAAAAAUCACCAACAAGCCAGUAAAAAGUUAGAUCUUUGGAGACUGCCAGAGAUUCUGAUUAUCCAUUUAAAAAGGUUCUCAUAUAGCCGCUUCUUAAAAAACAAGCUAGAGACAUAUGUCGACUUCCCCAUUGAUAAUCUUGAUUUGUCAGCAUACAUUGCUUGCAAGAAUGGCAAUCUAUCUAAUCGGUAUAUGCUUUAUGCCAUUAGCAAUCACUACGGAAGCAUGGGAGGUGGUCAUUACACGGCUUUUGUUCAUCAUGGGGGCAAUCAAUGGUACGACUUUGAUGAUAGCCAUGUUUCUCUGAUCAGCCAGGACAAGAUAAAGACAUCAGCUGCUUAUGUUCUUUUCUACAGAAGAGUCGCAGAAGAUUACAAUUAGAUUAGUUGUAAACUUGUGAAAAUCCAUAUUUGAACCUAGAAUCAGCAGUGAGAAUCAUAUUGAAGCUUGAACUAACUAGCAUUUUUGCCGUGUUAGUCUUAGAAAUAUCAUGUCCUAAUAGCAUUCUAAUUACAAUUUUUUGUUGACACUGAUAGUAUUGAGGAUGGAAUUGGAUGAUGAUAGGGAGAGUGGAAAAGCUGAGAAUAGGUGCUUGAACAUAACUGUAUCAUAUCAUAGUGACAAAUGAAGAGGCUUUAUUUUCUUCAUCUGUAAUCGUAUGAAAACGAAAGCCUCUUGUAAGUUUAGGUAGUUUUGCUUUUGGGGGCUGCUUUCAACCCCAUUACAUUCUAUCUUUUAUUAGUUCCUUUACUACUCUUGAGUGAAGAAAUUAAAUUUUUCGCACGUGCAA